GAGGAAAGCUCAGUCACUUCAACCACAGCCAACAAAAAAGCAUGCCCAGCGCACCACAGGCUGGACAAAGAGCUCUCUCCCUUUCUGCCAGUGGGAUAAUGACCUCCAACACUUUUAUAAAAGGCACAGGUAUCCUUCAGGUCCUCCCUUUAGGACUCCUUCUGCUAUCACUGUUAGUGUCAGGAUCCCAUGCCACUGAAGCCCCCACCACAGCAGCCACCGACACCUCUUCCCAAAUCACAACAUCUACCAACUCUGAGGUCUCAGCAACCUCAGCUACCACUCUGUCUACAGGGAUGACAACCAUCAGCACAGCAACCUCAGCUACCACUCUGUCUACAGGGAUGACAACCAUCAGCACAGCAACCUCAGCUACCACUCUGUCUACAGGGAUGACAACCAGCAGCACAGCAACCUCAGCCAUCAUGAGCCCGACCACCACCACCCAUUCUUCCUCACAUCUCUCUGUCACAGGUGGCAUGACUUUGAAUGGAACCACUAUGUCAAAUGAUACUUCAAAGAAUAUGAUAUACUGCCCCUCAUUCAACUGUAACUACUCCGACUGCUACUCGAUGUACACGAGUCAGAACACCACUCCAUGUGCUGCUAAUGAUUUUUGUCAGUUGUUAAGGCGAACAGACAUGUGGUACUCUGCCAGCUGCAGCAAGUAUUGUGGUGACAGGUGCAUGAACGUCUCUCAGACCAACUGUACUGUGAACUGCUGUAAUUCUACUGGCUGCCUCAAUUACACCUUUGCAUCCAUGAUGAUGAUAACAACAACAGUUUUUAGAACCACAACAACAGCCACACCAGCCCCAACAACAACCACUACCACUCAAACAACUACAGCAAACAAAGGAAACAGGUGCCACAAUGGUACGUGCACAGGCACAAGCUGCUACACAAAUUUCAAUUCAGUUUUCCAGUUUUGUUCCUCUUCACAACCACAUUGUCAGCUGAAAAAUGAGUCAACAGAUUCCACCAUAAAAUGGACCGCUGGUUGCACCAACUGGUAA